CAGGGUUCCGUUCUGUUUAUUAAUUUAAUUGGCUUGUAAAUGGCGAUCAGAGGGGCCAGCUAUGGAAGAGACCGGGGCAAUUAUAACCUGCUGUCAUUUGGCGAUUCACGUCCCACUCUCCACUGCUGCGACACUCUGCCUGUCCUGUCCUCCACCAGUGCCCGAUGCCAUCGCUUCAUCUGCAGUCGGCGUCUUGUCGGCUGAAUUCUAACAAAGACGGCCCCAUUCCGACCCUGGCGUGGCUUUAUCUGCCUGGUCCUUGGUCUUUAUUAGUGGAGACCAGCCAUUCAACCUCAUCCCAACACUCCCACUCAUCCUUCUCCUUCUCCUCUCAUCCCCUCACGUAGCAGCUGCUCGCAAAGCUAUCCAAAUGGAGUCUCUCACACCCCUAAAGCAAUCUCUGGCCAUCCGGCCAGAACACGUCGUCUCCUCUACGACCACAAUCCGCGUCAAGCAACACAGCGCCAGCCUAUCCAGCAGCAACUUCACAAUCACCGGCGCACCAACCCCCGAAAGCCCCGAGGGCGCAAAGCUCUUCGCCGUCGACGGCGACUUCGCGUCAUGGUCACAGCGCCGCCGGUUCUGCGACGCAUCAGGUCUGCCCCUCUUCGAGAUCUCGCGCAAGGAUCUCGGCGUGACAUUCUACCUCCAUCUCCCCGGCGAGGGCGGCAGGAAAAAGGGUGGUAGUAGUGGAAAGGAUGAAUCCGAGCGCAUCGCGACCAUUGUCCCCAAGUACAGCGCGCUCAAGGACAAAUUCGACGUGCAUUUCCGGAAUGUGGCCGCGGACGGCGAGGAGACGGUGCUGGAGGUGAGGGGCCAGAAUAUCUGGAAGUCCAAGACGCAUGUCUACCACCGCGGGCAUCUGGUGAUGGUUGUCAAGUUGACGGAUAUGGUUUCGGUGUAUAUUCCGGGGAAACGGCCGUCUUGGGAGGUUGUUGUUGCCGAGGGGAUGGAUUUGUCGCUGGCAUCGGUUCUUGCGGUGCUUCUGGCCAUGAUGCUAUACUCAAGCAGUGGCAAAGGGACAGCGCCGACGCAGCCGGGGUCGAUGGUAGAUGGCACCACUAAGGGAUAGCUGGAAUAGAAGCGUAGUCCAAUGCUAAUAGAGUACCUCAUGAUCAAGAAUUAUAAAAUGAC